UCCUAUCCACUUUUUUGUAGGAAGCUAUCCACGCUAGUACUCCCUCUGUAAACAAAUAUAAGAGUGUUUAGAUCACUAUUUUAGUGAUCUAAACACUUUUUACGGAGGGAGUAUUUAUUAGUGAUAGUAUUGGUUGGAUUUUUGUGUCGAGGAUCCAUUCCAUUCACACCUCUCGACCAAAAGCGUACUCCGGCCGGCGAGGUUCCCGUUCCAGUCUCCGGCGAGGGAAGCCGCGGCCUGCUCCUGGUGGCCGUCCUCUUAUUUUGCUGGUCGCUUCGUGUUCGUGGUGUAGGGCUCUGUAGGCGGCAGUCGCUUGCUUCAUUUGGGCCGUCGACUUGGAGCUAACGAGUGUAGUGUGAUCAUCCAUGGGGAAGAAAGGUAUAGUUGUGGCGACCACCAUCGUCGCCGUGAUGACUGUCAUCUUUGGAGUCAUCGGCGCGGUUUUCUUGGGACUGAGACGCUAUGAGGAUGACCGCGAUGACCGCAGCGUGUGUAAGUACGCGCGAUCGCCGGCGACGGCUUGCGGCGUCGUGGCGGCCGUGCUGGCGCUAACGACACAGAUUCUCGCCAGCGUGGCCAUCGGCUGCUGUGGGGCAUGGCAGAAUCCCAAGAGGGCCAAUCGCAUCGCCGCCGUCGUUUUCUACGUCAUCUCAUGGAUCCUAGUGAUCAUAGCGGUGCUGGUGUUUCUGGGAGGCGCCCUAUUAGGGAUUGAAGGAUAUACAGAGAAAGUUAUUGGGAAAACUAUUGAGAACGGUAGCUGUGUUGGAGGUGUCGGAGGUGAAGGAGUUUUCGUGGACGCGACAUUCCUGUUUCUUGUAGUUGUCGCCCUUGAGGUCUCCUCGUAUCUUCUUAUUCAGAAAGAUGAGCACCACCAAGCAGCCGCAAGCGAUAAUCCUCCUUCGAUACCAACCGCUACAUCUCCUUUGGCAACAACAGCUUCUUCUAAAGAUGAUGCCCACGCCUCCGCUCCCGCACCAGCAAAUCAAGUCUGACGUUAGCUCGCAACUAUGGAACAGUUGUCUUUGCCUUCCAAAAGGAGGAACAUGCUUUCUGGACCGUUGUAAGUGGAAGGCACUCGUUGCGGUCUUUCGAUCCAAAAUACUUUGUGGUUUUAGUCCAAAUUCAAACCAAAACCAGAAGAAAUAUUUUGAAAGGAGGGAGUACAUGUUUAUCAUAUUUAAGUACAUAAUGAAAUUGUCUUCUUAAUAUGUGUUUUGAGGGCUAUUUUAUGUCAUAUGGAUUGUGCAAUUUCAUAUACAAUAGAAAUUAUUUUCUAUACUCGUUUAACACUUCUCAAAUACAUGAUAAAUAUUGUUUUA